GUAAUAAGAGCUGAGUUGAGGUGUUCAACCCCACCCAAGCUAAACAAACUGCGUUUUUGAAUGGACAAACAUGACACUUGAUCUUGGGAUCAUCAGUCAGUCUGACUAAAUGAGCUCAUGUGGACUGUCCCACCUGAAAAACGGCGUGUGGGUAACGUGAUGCCGUGGCUUUAAAACGCAGAGCCCACAGCGCCCUGACGGCGGAUGCUACAGCACACCUGCUCCAUGUUUGCCUUCACCUGCCUUCUGAGUGGCUAGCGGGAACUUUAGGCUGUUCUGAGCAGCCUGCUAAAACCAGCCCGCCUGCUCCUGAAACAACACGGUCACUUCGAAACACAAACACAGGCACGGGCUGUGAAAACGGGCUGUGAGUAGAAGCAGCGUGAGAGAGGACGCGUUCAGGAGAGAGAGGAGAGGCUUUCUGCUGCUGCUGUUACCGGGUUUCUCGCGGUAACGUUACUCUGACAGCAGCAUGCCGGUCCAAAUUCCGGACGACACCGACUUCGCCUCUUUCAAGGACCAGUGCGAGAACCACGACGGAUGGUUAGCGCGCUACAACAAAGGAGGAGUGACGGUGUGGUGUCGAGAAGAGGAGACCAAAACAGUGCAGAAGCUGAAGAUGAGAAUUGUGUGCAAGGACGUUCGAGCCGAAACGCUGUAUGAUGUCUUGCAUGACACAAGUUACCGGAAGAAGUGGGACACUAAUAUGAUUGACACGUUUGAUAUUGGCAGGCUGACGGUCAAUGCUGAUGUUGGCUAUUACUCCUGGAAAUGUCCGAGUCCACUGAAAAACAGAGACUUCGUCACCAUGCGCUCCUGGCUUCCCCUUGGCAACGACUACUUGAUAAUCAACUACUCGGUCAAACACCCGCAAUACCCACCAAAGAAAGACUAUGUCAGAGCUGUGUCUUUACUCACUGGGUACUUAAUCCAGUCCAAUGGACCAAACUGCUGCACUCUUUACUACUUAACACAAGUAGAUCCGAGAGGUUCUUUACCCAAAUGGGUCGUGAAUAGGGUCUCACAGUUUGUGGCACCAAAGGCCAUGAGGAAGAUCUACAAAGCUUGUCUAAAGUAUCCAGAGUGGAAGCGGAAACACGAGCCUAACCUGAAGCCGUGGAUGUACCCGGAGCAAAACACGCUCCCCUGCAUCAAUGUGGCCGAUCUCACUGUGCAGAGAGCCGACUCGCUGGAGAACAUUGAUGAGAGUGGCCUGAGCGAAGAGAAGAACCAACACAACAGUGACGACGAGGAGACCUAAACCCGCAGACUCUGUACAUUUACCUGAGCGAGUCUGAGUGUGUAUGUUUGAAUGUGAUUGCGGACCGAUUAUACACAGGUACUUCUGCAGAAUUUUACUGUCACUCAUUUUCAGUUGCACUUUAGGCAUUCUUUGCAUUUGCAUUACUGAUGACCAUAUCAAUGUAACGUUUCAGAGUUGCUGUAUAUUUUUGACGUUAAUGAUUGUGAGCAAUUGCACGCUAUAGCCUGAUUUCGCAGAAUGCUGGACUUUUGACAUCAUAUUGCACAUGUCACAACUGAGUUUGAUUUGUGAGAUCAACAUUAACAAUAUUAUUCAUUUAGACAUGAACACUUCAGCUCACAGGUGUUCAUUCUUAUCCUGUGUGGGGGCAGAUUUUUCAAUUCCAGCUAGAGCUGGACGAUAUGGGUAAAUUUAUAUCACAACAUACUCACAAUAUACUUCAUUUUGAUCAAUGCAAUACAUUUCUGAUAUAGAUAUAAACAGUAUAAAAGUCAACACCUGUAAUGUUCGUAAUCAUAAUGACAGAGCUGGGUAAAAUGGUAAAAUAUGAGAGUUUCAUGAUACACAAUUUAUCACAAUAUUUUGGCAUGCAGACAAAAUUCAUUAGGACUGAAAAAAUGCUAUUUAAAUACUCUCUAAUGCAAAGUAUAGUGAUUUAAUGCAGUAUGUAGUAAUGCAGUAGUGAAAAUGCAUCAACAUACAAUAAAAUAUUGACAAAUUGCCCAUCUCAAAUAAUUAGUCAGAUCAGCUUAAGCUGGUAUGGAAUGGAACUUUGCACCACCCCAUCCUACCCUUUAUGUAUGUGGUUGGACACCCAUGCUUUUAGUAUAUUAAGUCUUUGGGUUACCUAUAUGUAAAUCCUCUCAUUUAGCUCAGGCUGGCAAAAAAUUACAAAAUUUCCUUAUUACCUUGAAUGUAGUCGAUUAGCCAAAAACAUAUGAGUAUGAUUUAUCCAUAUCCGUUCCUUGUAAGCUACAUUAGCUUUGUAGUUUACGUGCAACAGAAGAAGAAACCAGACAUAUCUUGGCUGAUCAACUACAUUCAAUGUAAGGAGAAAAUAGUGUAUUUCUUUUUUGCUGAACUGAUCUGUCAUGUCAGUCACUGCAACUUUUCCACUUUGUUUCUUGGCUUGUGCAUCCAGUGAUCUCCAUUCUUUAUUCUGUCAUCAUGCAACUUGAUCGCUGUCUUAAUCAGGUGUCAUUUUUCCUGUGUACAACCUGCCAGGAUGACCAGCAGUUUCAUUUCUACAGUAGUCCAACAGUGGGAACUGAGAGUUAUACAGAACUCUGUGGCUGCCUGCAGGGAUUUCCACCUCAUUAGCUCAAUCGUUACAUCUGACUCAUUGCUUACCAACAAGACCUCAGGAGUUGUACAAAAAAACUAAAAAAAAACAGUGCUUUUCACUGUUCUCUAAUUUACAGUAUGUGUGCUUUUGGCUUUCUGAGCCUGGAUCACUUUGUGCUGUAAUUUUCCCAUCGUCACAUUUAAGAAUAAAGUUUUAUCUUGUAAGUUUUGCGAAUGA